GUGGGCGGGAGGGCCGGAAGUUUAAGGGAAUUUCCUGUGAGCUCGGCUUCCUCAACAUGGCAGCGCCCUUGUCGGUGGAGGUGGAGUUCGGAGGCGGCGCAGAGCUCCUGUUCGACGGCAUAAAGAAGCAUCAGGUCACCUUGCCUGGACAGGAGGAACCCUGGGACAUCCGGAACCUCCUUGUCUGGAUCAAGAAGAACUUGCUAAAAGAGCGGCCAGAGUUGUUCAUCCAGGGAGAUAGCGUGCGGCCAGGAAUUCUGGUGCUCGUUAACGAUGCCGACUGGGAACUGCUGAUUUUAUCCUUCUCUCCCAAGGCAUCCAGGCCCCCCCUUCCCUCCCGACCGCUGAGGAGAGGCUGGAAGAAGGGCCCUGACAGUCUCCUCUCUCUCCUGGACCAGGGUGAGCUGGACUACCAGCUGCAGGACCAGGACAACAUCCUCUUCAUAUCCACGCUGCACGGCGGCUGAGGGCCCCGCACUGUGCCCAGGCUCCCUUGGGGUGGGGAGAAGAGAACAGUCAGACAUCCCCUGGGGCCCUGCUUCCAGGUCUCCCUGUCCCCCUUGGCCGCUUUCUUCCCUGCUCUGUCCCCCGAGCUCCCUCCAGGCAGGGAAAAGAGGCCAGGUGCUAAAAAUGAGCCUUUCUCAGGCACGUGAGUGGGGGUGGGCAGGCUCAGCCCUGCCUCCCUUCCCAGCAGCUGAGGUGGGGGAGGGUGCCCCUCUGGUUGGUCACAACAUGAAGGGGGCUCCGUGGCCAGGUGACCCAGCCACCUCCCCCUCCUUGUAUCUCAAUCUGAACACUGAGUGACCACUGACACGCUCCAACUCCUGGGCUGUAGCGUCUUCGAGGAGAAGAGGAAUGGACCCGAAUAGCUUAUAGGAGGCCCCUCCCUUCUCAAAGAUGGGAGGAGUCUCUGCCUCAGUUUCCCCAUCCAGACAGCAGAGGGCUCUGGCUGUCCCCCACUGAUAUCAUUAUGGAACCCCAGCUGGGGUCCCCUAUUCAGUGCUGACUCCCCCCUCCCAGCAGCUGCUCUUCCAACCACACCCCUCCUCCUGCUCCCCCAGCCCCAGCCCUUGACCCUGGCUGGCCUUCCCCCACACACACAGGCCACCAGAUGGGCUCCUGAGACCCUCCCCCAGCAAAAGGCUGCCUGCAGCCCAUUCUGGAGAGAGAGAGCAGGCAAAAGCUUGAACUGGCAGAUAGCGGCCUGGGGAGUCAGAGUGCCUCAGUUUCCUCUUCAGUGGCAAUUGAGUACUUAUACUAUCUGAAAGCAGGCUUGAUACUUGAUGGCACAAAUGCAGACUUCAUCUCCUUUCCCACCUCCUGCAGGAAGCAGGAUGGGGGCAGGCAGCACCUGGUAGGCAGGAUGGUUUGCCCCUCCUCCCUCCAUCCCUUCUGGAAGUCUUGAGGCCUCAGUGUCUGCAACAGCUGGCCUUGGGCAAAUAAAAGACUAGGUUGUUUACCAGCUUUGCCUGGAGCUUCAUCCUUAGAAACCAAUGGCACCCCACAUCCCCCCAGCCAUGGUCCCCGGUCCAGUCUCUGCCCCAGCCAAGGGCUUUCAGAGCUGCCCUUCACCCAACAGAGGGCAGGGGUUGAAACCCAGACUACACAGGCUGUCUAGGAGGGGGUGAUCCGACAUGGCCGUCUGGAGACAGGGAUGGCAAAGCCAGUCUGUGCUGACCUGUCUGGGUCCCAGGACACUUCUCUACUUUGUCUGUCUGAGGCUAGGCUUUGUCCCACCAGCUGCAGCCCCAGAACGCAGAAUGGGGGUGGCAUAUAAGACUGCUGAACCUCCCUUCCCAUGACCUGGAGGAAAGGCCUUGCUGGAGGGAAACCUCAAAAAAAAAAAAAAAAAAAAAAAAAAUUAGGGCAUUAACAUCAUCCCACCCAAAACAUUGCUUUUUAUUAAAUGUCAAUGGUUUAAGGUGGAAUU